AUGACCGCGUUGACCAAAGGGCGUGCCUUAUCUGUGGGGAUCGUGCCACAGGACUGCAUUAUGGCAUCAUCUCCUGUGAGGGCUGCAAAGGAUUCUUUAAGCGCAGCAUCUGCAAUAAGAGAGUAUACCGAUGCAGCCGCGAUAAGAAUUGUGUCAUGUCGCGAAAGCAGAGGAACCGUUGCCAGUACUGUCGCCUCCUUAAGUGCCUUCAGAUGGGAAUGA